CUGUUACUAAAACACGGUUGCUGUUAGCGAUUGCCUUUGACUGUAAUUUUCUCUUUACCACACAGAUACUGGAUCCACAGGUGUGCUUAAACAAGCAUCCAGGUUCAAACCACCCCUCUGGCAGACAUGAGGAACAAAGGGCUGAAGACGCAGUCCUGAAGAUUGAUGGAGGGCCAUGCUAUUCAAACAGCAGGCACUGCUGAGACAGAAGCUCUUCGUUCUGGGCAGCCUCGUGAUCGGAAGUGUCCUCUAUCUUGUGGCCAGGGUUGGGACUUUGGAUAGGUUACAACCCAUUUGCCCCAUUGAGAGCAGAUUUCACCCAUCUGAGCCGGAGCAAAUCCCUCUUCGUACGCUGCAGUUUAAACGCGGGCUGCUCCACGAACUACGCAAGGGCAAUGCCUCCAAAGAGCAAAUCCGCCUGCACAACCUGGUCCAGCAGCUGCCUCGGGCCAUCAUCAUCGGCGUUCGCAAGGGGGGCACCCGCGCCCUGCUGGAAAUGCUCAACCUGCACCCAGCCGUGGUCAAGGCUUCGCAGGAGAUUCACUUCUUCGACAACGACAAAAACUACGCCCGUGGCAUUGACUGGUACAGGGGUAAAAUGCCCUUAUCCCUCCCUCACCAGAUCACCAUUGAGAAGAGCCCUGCCUACUUCAUCACAGAGGAGGUUCCCGAGCGCAUCUUCAAGAUGAACUCUUCCAUCAAGCUGCUGAUUAUCGUCCGAGAGCCCACCACCAGAGCCGUGUCCGACUACACCCAAGUGCUUGAGGGCAAGGAGCGCAAGAACAAGACUUACCACAAGUUUGAAAAUCUAGCCAUUGACGCCAACACGUGUGAAGUGAACACCAAAUACAAAGCCGUCCGCACCAGCAUCUACACAAAACACCUGGAGCGCUGGCUCAAGUAUUUCCCUGUGGAGCAGUUCCACAUAGUGGACGGGGAUCGGCUCAUUACGGACCCGCUGCCGGAGCUGCAGCUGGUCGAGCGCUUCCUGAACCUCCCCUCCAGGAUUAGUCAGUAUAACCUGUACUUUAACGCCACCAGGGGAUUUUACUGUCUGCGAUUCAACAUCAUCUUCAACAAGUGCCUGGCCGGCAGCAAGGGCCGCAUCCAUCCUGAGGUGGACCCGUCUGUAGUGACUAAGCUGCAGAAGUUCUUCCACCCGUUUAAUCAGAAGUUUUACCAGGUCACUGGAAGAACAUUUAACUGGCCAUGAAAUUUGUCUUUCAUACAAAAAAAGAUUUCAAAAAAGAUCUCACAAGGUAUGAACAGCACUUUGUUUAGUUUAAUACAAGUAUAUUGUGACCAAAUAAUACUUGAUGUACUGUAAGUUUGCUCUAUGUGUGUAAAAUGCAACACAAUAGUUUGAUGUUUUCAAGUCAGUUUACAUGUCUGUCUGUGUUUCUCCUCCUAAAAAAAGAACAUUUUCAUGCAGUGUGUUCACAAUUACUUGCAAAGUAAGAGUUAGAGAAGCAUAACUUCUUGAACUCUUUUAGAUUUUGUCAUGUUCCAACCUGUGAAAUGAGUGAAAUCUGAAAAUGUUGGAGUGCAUCUGUAAUCAGAAUUCUUUUUAAACCCCUGAACAGAUUAAAGUGGAACUAAUUAUGCAUAACGACCCUUAUAGAGAUCUGAGAACAAACAGCAUUAUGAGGCCCAAUGGACACAGCAGACUAGUCAGGGAGAAAGCACUAGUGGAGUCUAAAGCAGAAUUAGGUUCCAAAACAAGAACCUAGACUUUAAACAUCUCAAAUCUCUGUUCAAUCUAUCAUCUGAAUACGGAGAGAGGACGACCCAACUGCCGUCCUACCAAGACUACCAAGACCUGAACAUUCACCUAUACCAAGCAUUGGUCAGAGGAGCAGCCCUGGUAGAUCUGGAGAAACUGCAAAGAUCCAGAAAUCAGGCGGGAGAAUCUCGCAUCCAUUAGUUGUCAACUAAGGUCAGAUCUGACCUCUAUGAAACAGAUGCAAGAAAGAAGUCAUUGAAUGAAAGCCAUCAGAAGUUCAGUUAGACUCCCUGAUAUUAAACACUUGAUUAUCCACCCAGCAGUAUGUUGCAUAUGAUUUGCAGCAUAGCGUAUUAUGCUGCAGUAAUUGUGAAGCAUUCUUUCUCCAGUCAGAUAGCACUGAUCUGAAAGUCGUGACAGUCUGAAUGCAAAGCACUGUGGGUAAGAUCACAACUACUGAUAUGCCUUCCUGGCAGAUUUAGAACAGGGAAUAAGGUGGACGUCGGAUUAUCACUUGAAGUAAAUAAGUUAUUUGUUUUUAUUUCAAUGUAAUUAAAAAGUAGCAUACUGAAAAUUAUUUUUGCUUUUCAGUAGAAAAAUAUUUGGCAACCGUUAAACCCUUGUUCAAAUUGCUGACUAGCUCUUUGGACAUUUUCACUGGAGUUUUAGCAGUUUUUUUUUUUUAGCUCAGACUAAAAAAAAUUAAAUCUGUCAUGUUUUUAUAUCAAAUACAAUUUCUGAUUUGAAUCAAUUUUGUAUUUUGUAAAAGAAAUUGCAAAUGACAGCAUAUAUUUUCAAAAACUUGCUUUUAUUUUGGUCAUUUCUUCUAGUAGUUGACCUGAAUUCAAAGUCCAAACAAAUACAAGCUAUAUGAAACACUAUGGCGGCUAUGGGGACACUCACUCGCUCUGAUCUAUGGAAGCACAAGGAGAGCAUUGGUGAAAAAAAUAUGACAAAUUAAAUAUUCAUAAACAACAAAUUUGAUUAACCACAUAAAUAAUCAAGAACAGCGUAUUUCAAUUCGGAAGGUCUCCUUGCCAUUACCCUAUUUAACUCCCUCCACAGAUUCUCUAUCAAAUUCGACGUGGGACAAUGAAAAUUACCUCAAAAUCACAAGAAACGUGUUGGAAAAAUAAAAUGUAAUUUCAGUUUAUGUAUAUUAUCCUGAUUCACAAUAAAUUUCUCAAUUCACUUUACAAUAAAAACAAUAUUUUGCAGCAAUCCCUCAGAGUGAGCAUGCAUGUUCUGACAGUGGGGAGCAGAACCUUCCUUUUAUAGGAUGGAUCCUCUAGCAGAACAAGAGGAGUGUGAGCAUCCACUCGAUCUGACACAAACAACAAAUCCAGAUUCCAAUCCAACUGAAAACCUGUGACAAGAUUUAAAAAUUAUUAUUCAAAGACAUUCUGAGUCCAAACAUUUGUAUCUUUUUCUUUUUCAAAGAAAAGACAUUUAGUUUGAGGGCUUUGUUCUAUAAAGCUCUCCGGGGGGGGGGGGGAUUCCCCCAGAGGAACUGGAACAAGUGGCUGGGGAGAGGGAAGUCUGGGCCUCCCUUCUGAAGCUGCUACCCGACCCCGGAUAAGCGGAAGAAAAUGGAUGGAUGGAUGGAUGGAUGGAUGGUUCUAUAAAGCACUGACCCUGCAGAGCUGAAUACACACGCACAACACAGUUUUCAGAUUUUAGUUGUAAAUAAAAAUUGAGAAGAGUGUUUGAUUUUCUUUAUGCAGUAAAACGUUGUGUUGGUCUAUCACAUACAAUCCCAACAAAACACACUGAAGUUGGGUUGUAACAUGACAAAAUGUGAAAAUGAGUGUGCUUGCAAGGCCCUGUACCUACAAACGGUUGUUUUUAAGACCACCCUCACAGACAUUCAUAGUGUUAAGAUAAACUUUAAAUGUAAACUUUUGAAUCAAGAUAAAGCAGAUUUAAGAUGACAAAGAAAAACCAGUUUUUUGUUAUUGCUUUGACCCAAAUAGCAUGUUCAGUUCAGGUGCCAUAACACCAUGGUCAAAUGGUUUAAAUAUUAUCCACUAGUUUUCAGUCUUUAAUUUAAUAUUACCUUAGGCUAACCUGUUAGCCUGUAGCAUCCUUUGGUUUUCAGCAGAGGUUAAUCUGUCCUGUUGCAGAGUUAGAAUUAGCCUGGCUUAUUCAGAUUCAACUGGACAGCUUUUAGGACAGCUGUUCUAAGGCGGGAUAUGUUGUUAAAGUGAGAUGUACUUUUUGUAUGCUUCCUUACAACAGAGGUCUUGAUAAUAAGACUGUUUUUGACACAGUGUAAAAAUGGGUUUAACCCAUUCUCAAUCUUGGAAUAAUCACACAUGUAUUUAGUGCCACUAACUGCUAUCAGGGAGCCUAGAAAGAUCUAAAUUCAUCAUAGCUUUCACAACCUGAUCUUGUAGUUUUAAUUUAAUGAUGUAGCCUAUUGUCAUGUCCCACAGGCGUUUCUUUUCCCAAAUUCACCAAGCCAUGCUGCAAAAGGCCACAGUAGGUAAAAUAAUGUUGUCCUCUAAUGAUUCCUGUCAAAUUAAGUUAAAUAGAUUAAGAUCAGCAACAUUUGUCUGUUUCAAUGGGAACAUGCAUUGUGUAUCAUAAUUGUGUUGUUAAAAAUAUUAAAUUAAAAGUACAUGUGAA